CCACGUAUUGUGGGAUGCACAAGACAUUGAAGCGCCUCUCAUGAAGCUUACCAAUUCCCCUCCACCCCAUCUCGCCGACGGCCCCAUGUGGUGCGCACAGAUGGUCGGCAAUGAGGAUGACUAUUACAUUCACCUCGCCGACAAACUUGAGCUUGCAAAAAUCGAGGACGCUGAUGCGCUGGCUGAAGUCAGGAUUGCAAGAGUCGAGCUCAUGUCUGAGAUGGGUCAGACCCAAGAUGUCUUGGACCAAGCGACCAUUGUCGCGGGGAAGGAUUUUGUGCAGAAGAUGACGAGGACGGUCCAGUGGCUGAUGGAGACUGGCGAUUGGGACUUGGACGAGGAGAGUGAAGAGCAGGAGCAGUAUGUGGGCGAUGGGAAUUCCAAGACUGAGGAAUGUGGAUAUUGGAGCGGGGAGGACUACGAGUGUGAAGAUUACCAGCAAUACGAGGAACACGAGUGGAGCGGCGGUUCUUCGGAACAGUUGUUGCAAGAUGCAGAAGAUGCAGAAGACGAGUUUCGGAGUGGCAGUGCUGGGGAGGGUGAAGAGUACCCGCAGGCCAUGGAAGGUGAUGCAUUAAGUCUGAGGGGCUUGAAACGGGUUUAGUGUCAAGUGAAGACUAUUUAUGC